AGUGUUAAGCAAGCCUGCGCUGUCUUCGCACGCGCGGCCGCCAAUUUCAUCAUUCGAAAUACAAAUCGGUGUUUUUAUAAAGUGCUGUGUUUUGUGCCAUUAUUUAAUUUAAUUUUAGUGCUUUCAAAGGAGCUGUGAAUUUUUGAUAGGAAAAAUGCCGGCGUACGACAAUGAAGGCGCCACCAUAUCUAUGGAAGAUGUACGGGAUGCAGAGGAGACCAUUGCUGUCAACACGAUAGAAGACCAGUUAAAUGCCAGAAGAAUGAGGCAGAUGAGGUCGCAGAAGUCAACAGUCGCUUCUAGAAGGCAACAGGCCGUGUGCGUCAGACGUGCGCAUAAAAAUUAUGGACCUAAGAAGAAUCCAAAUGUGAUACUUGACGGGUUGAAUAUGACUGUACCAAAAGGAGCUAUUUAUGGCCUUCUUGGUGCAUCAGGUUGUGGAAAAACGACAUUACUCUCUUGCAUCGUGGGCAGACGUAGAUUGAACAGUGGAGAAAUUUGGGUGCUUGGUGGCAGACCGGGGGGACCUGGAAGUGGUGUGCCUGGCCCCAGGAUAGGAUAUAUGCCUCAGGAAGUAGCGCUCUUUGGAGAAUUUUCCAUACGUGAAACCAUGACUUACUUUGGUUGGAUCGCAGGGAUGGAGUCUAGGGAGGUGGACGAGAGGACGGACUUUUUAAUAGGCCUACUGCAGUUACCAAACCCUACCAAACAAGUGAAGAAUUUAUCCGGAGGCCAAAUGCGACGAGUGUCGCUUGCGGCUGCGCUGUUGCAUGAACCAGAGCUAUUGAUAUUGGAUGAACCAACAGUGGGAGUUGACCCUGUAUUGAGACAAAGUAUCUGGGAUCACCUCGUCGAUAUCUGCAAAGGAGGAAAGACGACUGUCAUUAUCACAACGCAUUAUAUUGACGAAACUAAGCAGGCUAAUAUUAUUGGAUUAAUGCGUGGUGGCAGAUUUCUUGCUGAAGAAGCUCCAACUGAACUGAUCCGACGUUACCAGGCCGACAGUCUCGAGGAUGUGUUCCUGAAGCUAGCAGUUCUGCAGAAUAAGGGCAAACGUCGCCGCUCUAGUAUUCUUGCUAACGUCGUGGAGAAGGUGGAACUGCCACCGAUACCCGAUCCAGCAAUAGACUUAGAAGAUGCAGAGAUCGGUGAGAUAUCUGGUGAAUUCGGUGACAAUGUUUCCAUGAGCAGCAAGAGUAGGGUCGUGGUGCCGACAGAACUUAACGCUCCCGUAGAGGCCCUGCCUCCAGAAGAGGAGCCGCCAAAUGGCUGUCUCGAACGCAUAAAACCAAUGAAAUGGCACCAUAUGAAAGCACUAGUCUGGAAGAACUUCCUUAGUUUAUUUAGAAAUUUCGGAUUAAUUGCAUUUAUCAUUGGCCUGCCAGUAUCGCAAAUGGUACUGUUCUGUCUAGCUAUUGGCCAUAAACCAAUCGGUUUGCCCAUCGCAGUGGUGAACUAUGAGAUGGGCCCCAACAACACGUCACCAAUCUGCGAUUAUGACAAGGAACAUUGCCCUCAAAAUCCAGAAACAUACGAAUGGAAUUUGACAAGAUUUAGCUGUCGAUAUUUAGAUUAUUUGUCGCGACGCCAAAGCAAUUUGGUAUAUUACCCAACAAAAGAGCAAGCGAUGCAGGACGCAGGGAGAGGUAAAGCCCGCCUUGUUCUGGUAUUCCCGGCUAACUUCUCCGAAUGUCUCCAAGUUCGCGUGACAGAUCCUAGACAUGCUGAUGAAUUCACUAUUAUGAAUUCAGCGAUGGAAGCGCACAUGGAUGACACAGACAAACAAGUGGAAUGGAUGUUGGUGCGAGAACUCCAAAUGGCUUUCUUAGAUGCAACGGAACAUCUUUCGGAUGUUUGUAACUUGCCAAAAAGGAUCAUGGCAUUUCCUGUGAACUUUCAUGCACCAAUCUACGGCCUUGAGGAUCCCGAUUUCACCGAUUUUGCUGGACCAGGAGUUAUCCUUACGAUUAUCUUCUUUUUGGCAGUCGCUUUAACUUCUGGUUCAAUGUUGGCUGAACGAAAUGAAGGAAUAUUGGAAAGAUCCCUCGUAUCUGGAAUUACUGGCACCGAAAUUCUGUUCUCUCACGUGUUAGUACAGAUGAUUGUGAUGAUAAUCCAGACUGUUAUGGUACUUGUUCUCGGCUUCGUCGUUUUCGGUCUCACCAUAAAUGGUCCAGUGGGCUGGGUUUCUGUGCUCACUCUCAUCACUGGAUUAUGUGGAAUGACAUUUGGUUUCGUGGUUUCGUGCCUUUGCGACACUGAAAGGACGGCGACGUAUUUAGCACUAGGCUCUUUCUUGCCAAUGAUGUUACUUUGCGGAAUUAUAUGGCCAGUUGAAGGCAUGCACGAAAUCCUUCAAUGGAUCAGCUAUGUGCUUCCACUCACUAAAUCAACAGAGUCGCUCCGUUCGAUGCUGCAACGCGGUUGGACCCUCACUGUUCCUACAGUUUACUCCGGAUUCAUUUCUACUGCGCUUUGGAUCGUUGUUUAUCUUACAGUUAGCAUUUUGCUCAUCAAAUUUAAGAAAGGAUGAUUCCAAUGUAAUAAAAAUUUUGUUUAUUUGAAAACUUAAGUCGAUUAAUUUAAGGGUGAAUAUGAUAUGGAAAACUAUCAUCAUAAUGUCAUUGUGAUAUAGUGAUUGCAGUAUGUGAUAUGGACACAUUCCUCAUUUUAUAAUUUUAUUCAAAGUGAAACAACGACUAAACCAAUUUCUUAGUAGUUAAAUUGAUGAUUCUUCAAAGAAUCGGGUGUUUUUAUGUUAAUUGUGGUUUUCGAAGAUUUAGUACAUAAGUUACUUAUUAGCAUGUUACAGUUACAUCUUAUUGAAAGUAAUAUAAUUUUAUAUUAUAGAUACUUGAAGAAUAUCCGUCGCGUUAUUUGAAUAAAAAGUAAGUACGUAAUCUUUGAUUGCCACAUACUUGCAUUAACUAUGAUAAGAAUUAUAUAUAUAAAUAUAGUAUAUGUAUAAAUGUAGAAUGGCGAUUUGUUCCCUUGAAUCAGAGAUUCAUUUCGAUGAAUGCGAAGAAAUGAUGGUGCCGUUUGUUACAUGGUUUUGGUUUAAUAUUUAAAAUCUCUUAUGGAAACGAUAUAUUCGUUGUGGAAGUUUCUAUUAAGCUGGGCAACAGGAUUUUAUCAAAUCACUUAAUCUGAAUUUUUUUACGUAGGUUUAGCUAUAAUAGGGGUACAGAAAUGAUGUUUGUGGUAAAUCCGUAUGAUAAUCUCUCUGAUAAUAAUUUUCAGUUGACUGAUUCCUAAACGAUUAAUAAUUACUCUAAGUAUUUAAUUUCUGAUUAAACAUCUGCGGGGAUAGUCAUAUUUUAUAGAAUGGGAAUGACAUAUUUAAACUUUAAGACUUAUCGUUGAAUUCAUUCAUUUUUAUAGUUUUCUAUUAGAAUUAAUGAUCAUUGAAAGUCGACGUGACCCACUUACGCUAAUAUUCAUUAUUUAUGAAUUUUAUAUGUAAGCAUAUAAGUAGGUUCCAUUUUAUUAAAAGUUCAAAUAAUUACAUGACAAGGUUAAGUUACAGUUCAGACUAAAUAAAAUUACAGACUGUAUUAUUCACGUAUUUAAAAAAAAUGGUUUUGGCUUACAACUUUACAUUUUCUUAUUGUCAAAUUGAAAAAUUGAUGACUCAAUGCCAAUAUUAUUUUUUUUUAAAUGCGUUCAAAACAUAAAAUUAUUAAAAAAUAAAAUUUUAUUAAAAGUACCUAUUUUUGUAUUGCUUAGAUUUUUUACAUACUGCAACUUAAAGUUUUCGGUAUCCACGACGAUAGGUGCCUUCGACGUAGAUACAUAGAUGCCAACAAUAGAAUGAAACAAUAAAAUUGCACAAUGAUGUUUUCUAAACAGGUUUAUACUUAUUAUGCUUAGUUGAAUUUGUCAUAUAAGUGCAAAUGUAUCAACAUCGUGCCUGUGUAUUUGUAUUAUUUUUUAUAUUACGAAAAACAAUUUCGAUAAUGUAUUCUUACGUGUUACGUUUGAAUACAUUGUUAAAUAUUUUUUUUUACCUACUGUAACGUGAAAUUGAAUAAAAAUUUAAAAUGAGUAAUUUUAUAAUAAGUAAUUAUAUUUGUUAUUGUGGUUUUGGUAUAAUAUACCAUUUGUACAAAUCUAAUAAACAUGGUGUGCUCAAAUCCUUCAUUAUAGAUGUGAUAAUAAUUAUAAGAAUAAAAAAAAUCUUAACAAGAUUGUUGUUUUUUGGAAUUAUUUGUAUAUAAUUUUCCCUCAUUUAUAAUAAUAUAUUUGCUGUAACACAGGGCUCGAAUGAAGCAUGAAAGAAUGAAUGAGUGAAAUAUACUGUAAAGAAGUGCGGUUUGACAUGUUUUCUUUUUUUAUUUCAAGAGAUUGCACACGUCUAAUGUGUGUAAUGUGCGUGUAGAGCAUUAUAAUAUGUGUACAUUACAAUAUGGAGCAUUAUAGUGUAACACAUAUGUACAUCGCGUAUAACCUAUUGUAAUAUAACGUAGAAUCUAACCUAAUCACUGUUCUUACGAAAGUUCUUUACACAGAAUUUAAUUUGUAGAUAUGCACAGUACGGAACUUUGGAAGAACUGUAAUUACUUCAGUCUGUAUCUCCUUACCCGUCAUCAUAAAAGAAAAUAAAACGUUUCGGGUAAAUUAUUUCAAACCCGGCGCAAAUGACGCGAAAAUGAUAAGGCGUAAGAUGAAACGGGGUCGUCGUGAUUCAGAUUUUUUCAACAUUAUUCUCUUAAAAUUAAAGUUGUUUCAAUUUUAUUAAAUAAGGUUUCUUUGAGCAGGUGAUAAAAGAAAGAUAAUACUAACAUAUUCUAUUAUUCAUACUUUUAUUAGCAUUCUUAAUAACACGUGCAAAAUCAACUUUGAACUUGAAUCUUUUCUUAUUAAAGAAUUCUAAAUCAUAAAAAUCGAUAAUAACCGGCCAAUAAAAACUCCGUACCUC